AUCUCUUUUUUCUUUUUAUUAAAUUUGGAGUAUUCCUGCACUGAUUGAACGGAGAGGACGAGAAGAAUGUGAAACACACCUGGUUUAUGUCAGAAAGGCACUAGGACCUUGAAGACUAGUCCUGCCUCAUGAGUCAGCCUUAGAUCCCAGCUCACUACUCAGUGAAUGAGAGGACAGACAUGUGAAUGGCUCAGCUGGCUCUCAAAGCACUUUGUGGACUGGGCUGCGAGAGGCUACAAGACAACUGGAUCAUCCAGGAUUUCCCCAGCUUGUGACUGGCAGAUCUCCCCAAGCCCAGCAGCAAAGCACCUCCAAGACACCUCCUUGUACAGAUGGUAUGCUGGGCCUCAAGCCAGCCCAGUGUUUGGAUGGAAUAAAGGCCUCUGGGACAGAGCAGCUUUGUACACUGUACACCCAAAGGCGGAAAGAGUAAUGUCCAUGUUGUACUAUACUCUGAUUAUAGCAUUUCUGAUCGGCAUACAGGCUGCACCAAAGACCAAGGACCAUGCCCCAGCCGGCUCAUCAACAAAGCAUCGAAUUCAGCAUCAUCAUACACAUCGAACUAAGUCUCUUCACCGAAAUCAUGGCAGAAUAGAAACAAAUGAACCUGCACCGUUUCACAACAUUACAGUUGACCCUAAACUUUUCAGGAGGAGGAAAUUCCGCUCUCCAAGGGUUUUGUUUAGCACCCAACCUCCACCAUUGUCAGAGGACCUACGGAACUUGGAAUAUUUAGAUGAUGAGGAAUCCCUCAAUAAAACUAUCCGAGCUAAAAGAACUGUGCAUCCAGUGCUACAUCGUGGGGAGUAUUCCGUAUGCGAUAGUGUCAGUAUGUGGGUUGGUGAAAAAACCACAGCCACUGACAUCAAGGGAAAGGAAGUAACUGUCCUGGGGGAAGUCAAUAUAAAUAAUAACGUUUUUAAGCAGUACUUCUUUGAGACCAAGUGUAGAGACCCAAAACCAGUUUCAGGUGGAUGCCGUGGGAUUGAUUCAAAACAUUGGAACUCCUAUUGUACCACCACGCAUACAUUUGUCAAAGCAUUGACAAUGGAAGGGAAGCAAGCAGCAUGGAGGUUCAUCCGGAUAGAUACAGCUUGUGUCUGUGUGCUCAGCAGGAAGAGCCGAUCAUAAAUAGACACUUCUUGCUGUUUAAUCUUCUCCCCACCCCUACCUCAGCCUGUAAAUUAUUUUAAAUUAUAUGGACUGCAUGAUAUAUUUAAAAUUUUUACUGUAAAAAAGAGACUAUUUAUUAAAAACUUUUCAAAAUGGG